CCCGGGGAUGCGGGACGCUGCAGCCAGCACAAAGAGAAAAGAGGGUGGCAGUCUGUCCUCAAACCAACACUGGACGUUGACUUGAAGAGUUCAAGUCUAACCCGCCCGUUUGGCUGGCAGUGCAAGUGCAGCAGAAGAAGUGCCCACCACUUGGCAACAUCCUGUGAAGUGCAGAGGAGAAAAUUGGAUCCCUAUUCUAAACACUUUCCCACAUUAGUUUAUGUCCACUUACCUGCUUUGUCCGAGCAGGUACGCACGUUGUCCAAAGUGGCCGGAGAGUGGACACAGGUAGUGACCCUCCACCAGGAGCUGACCGCCGACCUCCCGCGCCUCGCUGGGUCCCUCCACUCCAUUGCGUGCCUUCCUCCGCUCUCCUCUCACAGAUGGGGCGAAAGUAGCGGAAGACAGAGCCGGACUAUCUCCCAACCUCGCCACCGCCACGACCGAAGAACGGAGGCGCACAACCACUUUGGCACCGAGCUCCGACCGAGCGCCCGGCCGCCCAGCGCUGCGCCACGGCCGGUCACCGCAAAUCGCAGCAGCCACUGCCCGCUGGAGGGAGAGCCGCCGCAGAGGGGUCAGUUCAAGGGCCAAGUUUGGGGCCAGUGCCGUGCAGUCCGUCUCGGCUGGCCAGCGAGCGGCCGGUUUGGGGGCCAGAUCGCGGUCGGUAUACCGGAGCAGCAGCAGCAGGAGGAGGAGGAGGAGGAGAGCCGACCCUUCCAGCGCCGCUCUCCGGGCGAUGCCAGUGUAAAUGCCAGGGCGAUGUCCCGACGCAAGCAGGGGAACCCGCAGCACCUGUCCCAGAGAGAAAUAACACCAGAGAUUGAGCACCAAGAUGGCAGCCUGCUCUCCGACUCCUUACUCUCACAGUCGCUUGGCCCACCUCCCCACGCGUUGGAGCCCAACCUGGCCCACGCCCUGCCACCUGGACUUCACGCCGACCACGACUUGCUGACAUGUGGCCAGUGCCAGCUGACCUUCCCGCUGGGCGACAUCCUUCUCUUCAUUGAGCACAAGAAGAAGCAGUGCCAAAUGCCGCCUCUGGCCAAUGGCUGCUACGACAAGAUGAGCGACCGUGGAGGAGGGAGUCCCACUCUGCAGGGCCUACAUCACCAUGGCCAGCGGGUGGAGCUCAGGAAGGUGCUGGAGCCAGUGGAGAUCGGCAUUCAGGUGACACCUGAAGAGGAGGAGGAGGAGGGAGGAAGAGGAAGAGGAGGGCAAGGAGGGGAGAGGAGAGAGAGGACGCCCAUCAAAAGAAUUUGCCCCAAGCAGGAAAACGCACUGGCAGGUGGCAGGGAUGAGCCUUCUAGCUAUAUAUGUACCACAUGCAAACAGCCCUUCCCCAGCGCCUGGUUCCUGCUGCAGCAUGCCCAGAACAUCCAUGGCAUUCGCAUUUACCUGGAAUCCAACCCCUCUAGCACAGCCCUCACUCCCCGCAUCACUAUGCCUCCGCCCAUGGGCAACGACUCCAUCCCACAGUCCCCCCUCACCAACUUUCUUAGGGACAACAAUCCUUUCCAUCUCCUAAGGAUGACAGGUCCCCUGCUACGGGAGCCUCCCCCAGGCUUUGUGGAGAACCGCCUUCCCAACACACCUCCGUUUGUCAGCCCCCCUCCCCGCCAUCACCUGGACCCCCACCGGUUGGAACGCCUUAGUGCAGAGGAAAUGGGCCUCAUCUCCCAGCAUCCUAGUGCCUUUGAGAGGGUGAUGCGGCUAACACCUAUGGCCAUUGAGUCCCAGUCUAUGGACUUCUCCAGACGAUUACGUGAGUUGGCAGGGAACAAUAACAGUACCACACCACCAUUAUCACCCAGCAGGGCAAACCCUAUGCACCGACUACUAAACCCCAACCCCUUUCAGCCCGGACCAAAAUCGCCCUUUCUUAGCACACCCCCUUUACCACCAAUUCCCCCAAAUAGCACCACUCCUCCCCAGACACAGAUCAAGGUCAAGUCCUGUGAGUUCUGCGGUAAGACCUUCAAAUUUCAGAGCAACUUGGUUGUGCAUCGGCGCAGCCAUACCGGAGAAAAACCUUACAAGUGCCAGCUAUGUGACCACGCCUGCUCUCAGGCAAGCAAACUGAAACGCCACAUGAAGACACACAUGCACAAGGCUGGAUCCCUGACCGGGCGCUCAGAUGAUGGACUGUCUACUACGAGCUCUCCAGAGCCAGGUACAAGUGAUGUCACAGGUGAGGGCAUGAAGAAUCGUGACGGGGACUUCCAGGGGGAAGGCAACGAGGAGGAAGAAGAGGAAGAAGAAGAAGAGGAACUUGAGAAUGAGAGUCGACCAGAAUCCAACUUCAGCAUGGAGUCUGAGUUCUACCGCAACAGGGAGAAUGGUUCUAAACCAUUAUCAGAGGAGAAGUCAUCACUCGCUCUUGAGAAGAUGAUGGAGGGUGGGGGCCUCAACUCUAUACAGCAGUACAAUAAUUUAAUAGUUGACAAUCGUAAAAGGAUGCCCUUCUCAAAGAGGGGCUCAGAUGGUCUGCGGGAAACUGGAGAUGAAGAUUCAAUGGCUGGCGAAAUAGACCACCACCAGCAGGAAGAGAGGACCACCAUUAAUGGCCGGAACUGUGGCUCUGGUGACUCUUUCUCGGGCCUGUUCCCCCGUAAGCCCACACCCAUCACUAGCCCCAGCCUGUCCAUCUCUUCAAAUAAGAGGAUCAAGAUUGAGAAGGACUUGGAUCUUCCUCCAGCACCCCAUAUUCCCUCAGAGAACGUCUACUCCCAGUGGUUGGUUGGCUACGCUGCCUCGCGACACUUCAUUAAAGACCCUUUCCUAGGUUUCACAGACUCCAGACAAUCUCCCUUUGCCACCUCCUCUGAGCACUCAUCAGAGAAUGGCAGCCUGCGCUUCUCAACACCUCCGGGUGACCUGCUGGAUGGUGGCCUUUCAGGCCGCAGCGGCACCGCCAGUGGGGGCAGCACACCGCAUCUGGGUGGAGGUCCGGGACCAGGUCGACCUAGCUCCAAGGACAGCAGGAGGUCUGACACCUGCGAAUACUGUGGAAAGAUCUUCAAGAACUGUAGCAACCUGACGGUGCAUCGACGCAGUCACACAGGUGAAAGGCCCUACAAGUGUGAGCUGUGCAACUAUGCCUGCGCCCAGAGCUCCAAGCUCACGCGCCACAUGAAGACACAUGGUCAGCUUGGUAAGGAGGUCUACCGCUGUGACAUUUGCCAAAUGCCCUUCAGCGUGUACAGCACUCUGGAAAAACACAUGAAAAAGUGGCAUGGAGAACAUUUGAUGACCAAUGAGGUCAAAAUUGAACAAGCAGAGAGAACCUAAAACAGGUUAUUUAUUUCCAUAAUCUGUGCCACACUUUGACUUAAAAAAAAAACUAAAAAAAAAAACUAAAUGAGGAGCUGGAUACUCUUUUUCUGAGAUACUCAUUUUGGGUUAAUUUUGGGUUUUGCCUAAGAAACUGCCAGCUUAAAAAAAAGAAAACCAAUUGAAGCUGUUUAAACUGCCUCAUCUGGAGUUCCUUUUAAAACAAUCAGUCAGUUGAGUUUUAACCUAUGUGGAGCCUUUAACUGUGCAAUAAUUUCUGUAUUUAUUGGAUUUUGUUUUUUGGCAUGUGCAGGUAAAUUUUUUAUUUAGGCUUUUUCUAUUUAUAAUACUUUGACUUUAACUUACUCUUUGUUUUAGUAACCCACAUUAUAGCUUUAGAACUUUUUCUUUUUUUUUAAAGUCAAUUUUAAUUAUACCCUUCAGGCUGCCACAUGUAGGAAAAUUGAAUAUUAAGCUAAAAAUGUGCUUUCUUGAAGAGAAGCUGAUUUCAAUCUUCGAGUUGGCAGUGUUCCUAACUGAGAUUGCUAGAAUUAGUUUGUUUUGUGUGACGAUGAUAUGCGGACAACAAUCCUUGGCCUUGUAGCAUGAACUGAUUCUUAAACAUGUCAAUAUAAUUGGAAAUGUAGCACUAAGUGUCAUAUUUGACAGUAAAUGUAAAAUCAAAGUGGUUUCUUCCUGAGACCACCAUAACCAGCCAGAAGAAACAGAUUCUAGAUAAGGUAGCUGCUGACAGGUACAUAGUACCAAAUCUUGACGAAGCUACAACCAUCCCUAAUCUCUUCUCCUUGCCACACCCCUUCCACUUAUUACAAACUAACCUGCAUUACAUCAAUUGAUUAUAUUUAGCAUGAAGCAAUAUGAUCUAGGCUAUAUUAUUUAUUGAGAGUAAACUGACCACGAAGCCAUGCAUAAUACAUAGAGAGAUGGAAAAAACAGAUAUGAGAGCGAGCACAGGGACAUCUCAGGGUGAGCAAUACUACUUUUAUUUAUUUAUCCCACUCCUGUGUUUCAGAGGCAUUUACAUUUCAUCAUAUAUUGAAAUCUUUUGAGACAGUUAUGUCCUCUUGCUCUGGCCUACCUGCUUAGUGACAAGCUAUAUACUAUUUCAAAGGGGGGGAUAAAAUGAUUUAGUUAGGUGAGGGCUAAAUAUAUGUGCAUACUAUGGCAGAUGUCAAUACUUUAGCUAGAUUUCUGCAGGAAAUGUAUGUCUCACAUUUAAUUUGUAAAAUUUAUAUAAAAAGAAAUGAGCAGUACAUUUUGACUUGUAUUGUUAUAGUGGUUUAUCUGAUUAUGAAGUCACUCUGCAGGAAUUUAAAUUCUUCAAAGCUACAUUUGUAUGGGACAAUUUUUAUGUAGAAGAGCGAAAUGUGUAUGUUUGCUGAAAUAGUAGGACUAAACCAGCAGCACCAGCUCGCUCCAUGCUCCUUUUUUAAUUUGACAUAUCAUAACCCCCAUUUUGAUUUCAUAAUGGUACUUUUUAAUUUUUAAAUCAGAUCUAAUUUAUUAUUUUCAAUAAACAAAUUACAGAGCUCUUAACAACAGACCUGUUGAGUCAGACACACACAGAAAGAUGGUCAGAAAAAGUGACUAAAAGGGUCUAGAGCUUGGGAUCUCCUGGCAUUGAACUGCCCAGGGUUGUUAGGCAUGGCUUUCCCAAUGCUGGCACACAAAAAAAAUAAUGAUGACAAUAAUGAUGAAUCCAGGACAGUUUUUGUACUGCCAUUCAGUUUGACAUGAGUGUGCCUUGAAUAACAAUCUUCUUAUUUAUUGUCAAAGACAAAUGCAACAGAUUUAUAAAGCAUCAAAUUGAAUAAGAUUUUUUUUUGUUGAUGUGUAAUUUGACAUUACAAUUAUUUAAAUCAAUACAUAUGAAACAAUGCUGAAUUUAGGUUAGGAGUGCCCAGCACACUACUUAUGUGUCUGUGUGUACAUAUUUAUUCAUAUGUACAUAUAAAGACACACACAUAUAUAGAUAUAUAACAAAUUCCUUACUCAUAAGAACAUGUUUGUCCCUCAACAGAAAAUCCCAGGAGUGAACAAAAGCCACACAAAAAGUCAAGGAAGACCUGGACAGAAAUCAGGAACUACAGAAGCUAAAAAGGAUUUUAGUGAACUGUGUCUUAAAAUAAGUUUACAGUAUUGAAACAAGUACAAGGGUAAAAUAAUAUUUGUGUGUAUGUGUGUUUUGAACAAAAAAGUAUUUUUUUUCUAGGUUUGCUUCUAAAGUUCCUCUGAAUGCCAUACUGGCGACGUGUGUAUUGUUUAUAUAUAUAUCAUUUCAUUUUUUCCCUUUCUUUAAUUUUGGUGACGGGGUUUUAGUAUAUAUAUAUAAAUAUAUAUGAAUAUAUAUAACAUUUUUCUUGUUUACUGUCAAAGUAUACCAGUAUUUGUAAUAUUGGAGAAUGCCUGGGCAUUUUACAAAAAUAGAAAAAAUAUUGUUUGAUUUUUUUAUUUUGCAGUCCAAUUUAAAUUGUGGGACUCUUAAACUGUUUUUGUCACUGUAACUGUAUAAGUUUUCAGUUUAAGUAACUUUUAUUCUGCCUUGGGUGUAAUGAAAUAAAAAAUAAAUGAGAUAAAAAAUUACAGAGCGGUAACACACUUGGAUUUGAUAGGGGAGUUCGGGUGCGGGUGGGUGGUUGGUUUGGAGGAAGUAGGGUUCCUCCCUUAAAAACGAUGGAGCAUUGGUUCUGCUUUUAAGGAAAAGCCCACUGAAAAUCCUGACUUGUAUCUAUUUUCCUGCUUCUGGUAUGGAAUAUUCUUCAUGGACAGUUUGAAAUACACGUGUAGGCACUCACUGUCUUUAAUGAGGAGCUUAUCUUUUUUAAUUGUAGGCUUUGUGAAUAGGGUACUCUGAGUACCUGGGGACGUCUUGCUCUUACACUUGGUGCAAGGGGAGGUGACUUCAUUCCAGUGACAAGAUACAACCUACAGUCUGCCAUGAUCUUUUUUCCUUUCAUUGGGCAGGAUAAACACAACCUAAUUCAUUUGUACUGUUGUAACGAAUCACAUUGUACAGAGUGGGGUUAAAACGGUUGCUUGACAGCCUUUUAGUGACAAAAACACAGGUUGAUGUUUUGUUUACAUUGGAUGUACAUAGUUUUCUAUGACUUCACUGUUAUUUGAAUUGCUUUUUUUCCCCUUUUAUUUGAUUGUGAUUUCUAACUGGCACUGGCAGUGAAUUCCUGUGUUUGGGGGGCGGGUGUGUGUGUGUGUGUGUGUGUGUGUGUGGGGGGGGGUGAUUCUUCUGUUUGACCUUUGUGACCUCCAUGUCAGUUUUCAGGCACAUGCCUCCCCAGUUGAUAUUUCUCAGCAUGAGAACAAAGCACAAAUACAAGCUGUU